AUGCCGACACCGAGGCCGUCAUCAACCAAGCUCUCUAGACUGGAGGUGGACCCAACGUCUCAGAUGCAUACACCAUCAACGGGCUCCCCGGACCGACCUACAACAUUUGUUCUCCCAAAGGUGAAACUGGGGAAAACGUACCUCCUCCGUCUCAUCAACGCCGCCCUGAACGACGAGCUCUUCUUCCGCAUCGCCGACCACAACCUCACUGUUGUGGAGGCCGACGCCGUCUAUGUGAAGCCAUUCGACAUGGACAUCCUCGUCAUCGCGCCAGGUCAAACCACCAACGUUCUCCUCCGCACCAAACCAUACCCCACAAACGCCACCUACCCGAUGGCCGCCCGACCUUACUUCACAGGGCAAGGCACAUUCGACAACUCCACCGUCCUCGGCAUCCUCCAAUACAAACUCCCGAAUCCCUCAACCGCCGCCAAUUUAUCGAAAAUCCCAACUUUGCCCCCGAUCAACGACACCUCCUUCGUCUCCAACUUCACGAGCCGCCUCAGAAGCCUCGCCAACGCCCGUUGCCCAGCGAACGUCCCCAAGACCGUCGACCGCAAGUUUUUCUUCACGGUGGGGCUCGGGAGCAGCCCGUGCCCGACGAACGCCACCUGGGUUUGGUUCAUGCACUGUCAUUUUGAGGUGCACCUGAGCUGGGGUUUGAAGAUGGCGUGGAUAGUUUUGAACGGUGAGAUGCCCAAUCGGAAGCUGCCUCCUCCGCCGUCGGAUCUGCCAAAGUGUUGA